AUGGCUUCACUCAAGUAUAUUUUCUUAUUUUUGACCGUCGUGUUUUGGCUGUGUGUUCUUUCUGAAGCAAGAGAGUUCGUAAUAGACGGUGAAAAUAAUUUAUGGGUAGUUCCAUCUUCUGUUGACGAGUUCAAAAAAUGGGUUAAGAAAACUCAUUUUCAGAAUGGGGAUUGUUUAGUUCUGAAGUAUGAUGCCAAGGCUGAUUCAGUGCUGGAAGUGACUGAGGAAGAUGGAGCUGAAGAACAAUGCCAGAAGGGACAAAAGCUAGAGGUUAUGGUUCUGUCCAAUAAACAUGGCUCCAACCACCAAUCUAUAGUGCAGGCACCUUCUCCUCAUCAUCACCAUCACCACUACCAUGCACCGGCGCAAGCCUCGACUAACGGUGGUACUGGUCUAAAGCGUUGA